AUGGCCGGUCCCGGGCCGGGCCCCCUGGAGCUGGGCUUCGCCGAGCUUGCCCCGGGCCCGGGGCGGCGGAGCGGCCCGAGUUUCCGCAGCAAGGUGGGCGGUCGGCCUUGGUGGCUGGGGGCGGUGGGGCUGCCGGGCCCCGGGGGCCUGGCCUGCCCGGCCUGCCGCCGCCCGCUCGCCUUCCUGCUGCAGCUGUACGCGCCGCGGCCCGCGCCCGCCCACGCCUUCCACCGCGCCCUCUUCCUCUUCGCCUGCCGGCACCCCGACUGCUGCAACGCCUUCCGCGUUUUCAGGAACCAGCUCCCCAGGAAAAACGACUUCUACCCCUACGAUCCGCCGCCCGAAGAGCCGCCGCCGCCGCCUCCGGGAGCGGCUGCUGGUGUGUGCUUGCAGCUGGGCUCCGGGGUUUGGCUUUGCCGCGUGUGCGGCUGCCCGGGGCCCAAGGCCUGUGCCCGCUGCCACCGAGCCCACUACUGCAGCAAGGACCACCAGGUCCUGGACUGGAAGCUGGGCCACAAGCAGGCCUGCCCGCAGCCCGAGGGCCCGGAUGGAGCCAUCCCAGACCACCAGUUCCUUUUCCCGGAGUACGAAAUCGUGAUAGAAGCGGAAGAGCCGGAUUCGGAGGGCGAGGAGGAUGGUGAUGUGGACGGCGUGGAAGACUGUGCGGACCCAGAACUCCCGGGCUCCCUGGGAGAAGCUCCCGAGGCAGUCCUGGAUGCUCUGGCCAAGCACGAGUCCAGAGAAGACAGGAUCUUCCAGCAGUUUAAAGCCAAAACAGCGCGGGAGCCCGAGCAGAUUAUCAGGUACGGCAGAGGCGUUGACCCGCUCUGGAUCUCCGGAGAAGGCAUCCCGCAAGAGAAAGAUAUUCCCCCUUGCCCAUGUGGGGCCAGGAGAGAGUUUGAAUUCCAGGUCAUGCCCCAGCUCCUCAACUACCUGAAAGCUGACCGACUGGGCACGAGCCUGGACUGGGGGGUGCUGGCCGUCUACACGUGCGCCCGCAGUUGCAGCCUGGCUGCCGCCCACUACACUGAGGAGUUCAUUUGGAAGCAAGACGUGGGCUCUGCGUGAUGCAGCAGGGCCCCACUCCCACCGUGCAGUCCCCUCUGGCUGAGCUGCACGAAGGAGGCCCCCCCAACCCCCCGGCCCUGACAUCUUGACUUCUGAAGAGAACGGGACAAGCCCAGAGGGAGGUGCGAGUGGGUCAGGAUGAGUGGCACCGGAGCCGCCCCUCCAGCUCGGCCCCAACCACCCCUCAGCUGAACGGACUCCUACAGGUUUAAAAAGCAUUUGUUUAUUAAACAGAAGGCGCCGAGGGCCUGUGGGACCAACCGCUGCGCGCAGGCGGGGCCGGGCCCGUGUCCGUGCCCACACCCGGCCUGGCAGCUUGGUCGCUCUGAGGUCAGCCCUGCUGGAAUGGUGAACACUGAAGCCCCCGGGGACGGGGGCGGGAGGGCCUGUUAAAACCCAAUAUAAAUAAAGCCAACACUGCACCGAGCAGUCCUCUAAAAACAA